AGCGCUCAAGCUGGUAGUGCGCCGCAAUGUAUCAUAAUUUAAUUAUAGUUUUCCUGUUGUAUUUGUUGAAUAAUUUAUACGGGACAAACGCACGACGGCUGGAACUGAAAAUAACAGACCCGAACGGACGAUCGUAUACAAAUAAAAAAUACCACUACAGGGAGGAGCUGAGCGUCGUGCUGAAGUGCCAGCUCUCCAACAACCAGACCAUGUUUGAAAUGUUUUGGAUGUUAGACGGGGUAAAGACGCGUGUCUCGACAGCGUCCACUGCGUCAGACGAAUUGAUGGUGGUGCUCGGAGGGCGCGAGCCGCGGGUGCAGUGCGAAGCGCGCGAGGUGCCCGCCGGCGACGGCACCACAAACCUCACCGCCUCUGUGACAUUCGUCAAAGACACGCAGACCACAACAACGUUGGCUCCGAAAGAGCCCGACACCGAGGACAAGGGCGUGGCCAGCAGCGUGGCGGCGGCGCUGGCUCAGCGCGCGGUGUUGUACGCGGGCGGCGCCGCGGCGCUGCUCGUGCUCGCCGUCGCAUUCCUUCUCGCCACAUAUUUCUGUAAGCGGAGCUCGGACAAGCGACUCUUAGAGUUUGAGCUGGACACGGGAGAGUCGGAGGCGGCCGUGUACGCGUCGCCCCGAGACGAUGUGCGCGGUCACCCCGCGCCGCCCGCUGUCUAUACCGAGCCGUUCAGAGAGACUGGCGCCAACCUGAUGUACUCUACGCCUAUUCCUAAAUGUGAAAGAACAGCAUUGAAGACAGAAAUGGGUCGCGAUGAGAAUGGAUCAUAUUAUGAAUAUGUGAGGCAGGUGAAACAGGUGAAGCCGAGAAGCUGCGAUGCUCGCUAUGUAAACGGUCUUAAUAACAACAAUACUUAAAAGAACGUCCAUUAAACAACUAAACUAAAUUGUCACCACAAGGAAGAGUGAAUUAAAAGAUGACUAAUGAGGUAAAAAAAAAAUGAAUUA